AUGACGACAACAGAAGAAUCUUCAGACAACGCAAAACUGUUUUCUGAAGCUAUUAAAGAUGCUUUGAAAACUUCAGAAGAUGCAUUAAAUUCAGCUGAAGCUAUGAAUAAACAGAUUGAAGGUCUUUUAUCUGGAGAAGGAACUGGUGGCAUUAGUUUGUAUGAUUUGAAGAAUCAUGAGUUAUCGGCGUAUUUACUGAAUGUUGGUGUUCUGAUGGGCAAGAUGUCGCUGGGGGAAAGUAUUGAAGGUUCUUCAGCUUUGGAUGAAUUGGUUAAACUUAGAGUUGUAAGUUCUUUGUUAGUUUUUGCUUAAUUUUAGAUUUCAAAGAGAUGUUUUGGCUUUUUUAAAGUGGUGAUAAUGUAAAAUAAUAUAUGUAUCUUGUCGUGAUGUAAAACACUAUCGAUAUGGCCUUAUUUUGUAAAGGAAAGUAUUCUCUAUAAUUCUACUACAAUUUCAGGUGUUAGAAAGGAUAAGACCGAUUGAAAAGAAGCUAAAAACCCAAAUCGAUCAGCUGUUGCGUGGAAAUAAUGAAGAAGAUAAGGAGUUGACGAUGCACGCUCGACCAGACAUGUUUGAUGCCGAAGGAAGUGGUUCAGAAGAAGGAGAAGGUGAUGAUGAAGACACUAAAACAUUGAAGAAGUAUCAACCACCAAUGAUUGUGCCGAGACAUUUCGAUGAAAAUGGCGAGGAAAAGCGGGCUAAACAAGUAGGUGUUAUGAUUUUGAUUUUUUUGAAGUUUAGGUAUAUUAUGGGACAAAAUGGAUGAACAGUGUUGUUGAUAUGAUAAUUGACAAACUUAUGAAUGUAGUUUUAUAAUCUUGUUGGCUUUACUUUUUAUGGGGCGUGAAGUUUUUCAUGCUCAACGUAUUCUUGUUGAUGGUGACGUUAGGUUUUUGAAUUUUUCUUGCUUUCAGUUAAAUUUUUGAAAAUUCUUUUUAAUCUAUUUGAUAAAAAGGAUAAUUUGCUUGCUUUAUCAUGGGUUGUCAGUCAAAUAUUUUUAUUUAUUUUUGUUUUACUUUAACAAUAAGAUAAAAUACCUCAUUUCAGCUGGAACGAGCCCGCAAGAAGGCGAUGCAGUCCUCAUUGAUUCAAGAUCUUCGUGCUCAAUACUCAGAUGCUCCAACAUUGAUACGCGAAGGUCCAGCGAUGAAUAAAAUGCAGCGAGAACAGCAAAGAUUCGAGGAAAUGAACUACACAAGGUUAACAUUGAACAAACAUGAGAAGAAGAUAACAAAACGCAAAGAAAACAUGGAAACCUUGGAUUCGUUGUUGAAAUUUGGAGAUUAUAUGGCUAUGGACACGGUGUUGGAGCCAGGACAACAGAAGAAAAAGGUCAGAGGGCAAAAGAGGCGAGGUCAGCCGACUAAUAAGAAGGGGAAGAAGAAGAGACGAUAG